CAAGUCUUAUGGAAGUUGGAUCUGGUCAUGGUUGGAGGAUGGUCUCUUUCUGUCUCUGCGGAGUCUGAUCCAAGCUUCACUUCAAACGUGGCGGUGCUUGAAUAAUUCACAGCAAGUGAUCAGAAAACUAGAAAUCAAACUCCCACGGGGUUUUCAGUCAACAGAAACACUCCUCACAGCCAGCACAUCGAUCGACCCAGCCAACAACCACCCCCCCCAAAUAUAUCCGGGCAUCCUCUCGUCCGAUUCCGACUCCCGAGUUUCGUUCAAACCCACGUACUCAGACGGAGAUCGAAACCAAAAACACUCCAAUCCAGCAUCCCCGAUGGUCUUCGAUGGACCCAACCUGCAUGCUGAUUCAUGGACGAGGAUGGCCGAUGAUCAACCGGAUAACAAUAAUGGCAGGAAUGGGAACGGCGGCUCGGGAUCGGAACUGCCGCCGAACAUCUUAUGGUCUGCUAGUCUGUCCGCCGGAUUGGCUACCCUCUUGUCAUUUUGGUGUAUCGUACAACAGUUGAGGAAUUAUCGGAAACCUAUUCUUCAAAGAUUUGUCGUUAGGAUCUUGUUCAUGGUGCCCAUCUAUUCAAUAUCGACCCUAAUCUCGCUGUAUUCACUGGAUGCGGCAUUCUUUAUCGAUUUAAUUCGCGAUAUUUACGAGGCAUUUGUUAUCUACUGUUUCUUCGGUCUCUUGGUUGAAUAUUUGGGCGGUGAAAGAAGCUUGUUGAUUCUGAUACAUGGACGCGAACCGACUCCCCAUCCUUGGCCUUUCUCAAAACUCCUCUCUCCAAUCGACAUCUCAGAUCCGUACACAUUUCUCAACAUCAAACGCGGCAUCUUUCAAUAUGUCCAGGUCAAACCGAUCCUCGUGAUCGUGACAGUGAUCUUUAAAGCCACAAAGACUUAUAAUGACGGCGACUUGAAAUUCACAAACGGGUACACCUAUGUUAGCUUGGCUUACAAUUUCAGUGUUUCUCUAUGUUUAUACUGUCUUGCAGUCUUUUGGAUGUGUACCGGGGCCGACUUGAAGCCGUUCCGGCCGAUGCCGAAAUUCCUUUGCAUCAAGGGAGUGAUUUUUUUCAGCUUUUGGCAAGGCUUUGGAAUUUCAAUCUUAGUAGCUCUCGGCCUACUCAAAUCAGCUCGAUAUCCCACUGAAACGCUUUCUUUGGCCAUACAAGAUACCUUGAUCUGCUUCGAAAUGCCCCUCUUCUCAAUCCUUCACCUCUACGCGUUCUCACAUAAAGACUUUAUCGAACCCAAUGUAGCCUAUUGUGGACGACUACCCUUCAUCCAUGCGUUUCGAGAUAGCAUAUUGGGAUUCAAAGACGUACUAGAAGAUACAGUGAUGACGUUACGCGGCACCGGGUUUUCCUACAAAACCUUCGAGCCCGCCGAGGGUGCUCUUCAUCAUCACGGUAUCGUGCGCGAACGACGGGUCCGUGCUGGACUUCGCUACAGCGCUGGUGGUAAGAAAAAGUAUUGGUUGCCGAUGGCGGGAGAGAAUGAAGGCUCGGCUUAUGGCCGGAAGUCGACGACUGAUCAAGUCCCGGAAGCGCGGGACACUCGGUGGGCGAAGUUCGUUAACAAAAUGACACCUGGGAAAGACACCCUGGAUAGCAAGUCGGGAUACGCGCCCCUUUUACCCGAACAAGCACUCGUCAGUGCCGAACGUCGUCCCUUAAAUGAUCACUUGAUGGGGAACGUGGGUCGCUGGGAUCUUGAGGGCUUUGGAUAUGGUACCAACGAGAACGAGUCUGACGAGGGAUCUGACCUUGAUGAAGUUGCCUUUGGUGAACCUCGAGCGGAGGAGGAAUUACUUUAUCGUGAUGCACGUAGAUUGGCUUAUGGUGAUUACAACAAUCCAGUGGUCGAUGCCUCGGCGGAAGAGGCCAGUCGGCUAAUGCGUGCCAGGGAAGAUGGAAUGCUAGCUAGCCAUCCUGCGGCACCGGCAAGCAAGAAAGGCAAAGCUCGACAGAAAGGAUCCAGUGUGCCAGCUGGGACGGGCAGGAGGACGAGUUUAUUGCAUAACGAUGAACUCGACGAGGGCCAACUCAGCCCGGUUGAAGGGCGUAGUAGACGUCUGUCGAGUCUGCUUCGAUCACCGCCAUCCAAACUGAAAUCGAAGUCCAAGCCAAAUUCGCAUUCAUCUUCUUUACCGGAGGGGUGUGUAGACUUGUUCAUCGAGGAUCGUGGGGCGAUGGAAGAGCGGACCCGACGAAAUCGGUUGAAGGGGGAAGCCAAUCGGUUCACGGGAGUCUCGCCGGAGAAGGUGUUCAAAGUGCUCCAUCCGGACCUGACCUCGAUCGAUGAACAUACCAGAGUGUCGAUCGAUGGCUCGAAUCAUAAGAUGCUCCCGACCUCGGAUCACAAUCACGACGGCUCCAGAGUCGACUUCUCUAUCGAUAUUGACCCUCAAAACCCCUCCUCCAUUCACGACUCUGGGAACUCGCCUGAGGUCAAGAUGGUCGUUAACUUGGAAGACAAUCUGCAGGCUGUUCAGGUCGAUCAGAAGGACUCCGCGUCUAACAGUCCCCCUAGUCCUACAACCUCUCACCACCAUCCCCAUCAUAACCAUGAUCAUCAGCUUCAGACGCUAACUACUGAUGGGGAUCACGAGUCUACAACCAGUCUGGAAACUCACUUCAAAUCUCGCAAACUUCCUAGUUUGAGUAGCAGUAUUAAUCAAAACCCGUGGGAUCAUGAUUAG